AUGCAGUUCUCUCUUGCCUUCCUCGCCGCUGUCCUCUCAGCCACCAGCGUCUCCGCUGCCCCCACUGAGCCCGCUGUCAACAUGAUGGCCGCCACUCCCCAGUGGACUAUUGAGAGCAUGCAGCGCAGCUGUGCCAAGGACGACAGCUCCUGCACCUGGAACUUCAAGGUCAACACCCACAAGGGCGCUGCCACCGCCUGCAAGUUUGUCGUCAAGGGCAGCAAGGCCUCUCAGCGCAACGGCGGCCCCGUCAAGUGCGGUGACUACACUGUCACCUCUGGCUGGAGCGGCCAGUUCGGUCCUGGAAACGGAUUCACUACUUUCUCUGUUGUUUCUUCCAAGCGACAGAUUGUCUGGCCUGCCUAUACCGAUAAGCAGGUUCAGGGAGGAAAGGUUGUUAAGCCUGACCAGUCUUACACCCCUGCCAACCUUCCCAAGUAA